UGUAAUUUAAGUGAAUAUGUGAUUAUUGUAAUUAACAUCCAUUAUCUAAAUGGACAUCAUUUACAGUUGGUGUAUUAUCUGGUGUUUAUUAAAUCUCAUUUUAAAUGGGAAAAUUAGUCAGGCGCAAGAAGACAGUUCCACAGAAGAUCCUAUUACUGAUACUGCCACUUUCGAUAAUACAACAAUGACCAGUACAAGUGAUUUCAACUCUACCACAGAUGACACUAAUUAUACUACAAUCCCCAGUUAUUCUAGUACUGACAUAAUCACAAACGAUGCUACAAAUUUAAAAUGUCAACGAAUAUUCUACAUGAUAGUUGGAUUGAUCAGUUUAAUGGCAAUCAAUUAACGAAAAAAAGUACUUAUUCUCUGCAAUCAAUGUAUAACUAGUUUCAUGUAUCUGUCAAUUGGACAAUUAUCUGACCCGUAAAUUAUUUUCAUCCUUCUAUAAACCCAACAUUAUUACACAGUUAUGCUUAUAAUAUUGAAGUUUCCUAUUAUGGAUUACGUUAAAGAUUUCCUCAAUUACGAUGUGAUAUCAUUUACAUCAUGAAUCAUAAAAGUCUUAUCUUCAUCAACUAUUUCUUCAAAGUGUAAUAACCUGAUGGAUUUCCCAUUUCAUUAACGUGAAAUCAAAACCAUAAAAUAUCAUAAAUCCUUUGUUUUUUGAUUUAUAAAAUAUUUUAAAACCUGAG